AUGUUACGACAACUGUUUAUUGUGAUCUCAUUCGCGUACUUUGUGUACUCGGCGCCACAAGGAGGCGAUAAGUAUGAAGCGUACCAAUACCAGUACGAGGUGAAGGAUCCGGAAAAGCAAUUGUUCUUCGAUAAAAACGAAGCCGGCGAUGCUUCGGGCAAGGUUUCCGGUCAGUAUUCGGUCUGGCUUCCGGACGGACGCCUAAUGACCGUCAAGUACACCGUCGACAAGGAAAGCGGCUACGUUUCCGAUGUGGACUUUAAGGAAAAUGCAAACCCACUAACCGGGAAGUGAUCAACCACUC